GAAGCAGUAGCAGCAGCAGCAGUCAUGAUUUCGAAGCAAAAGUUCAACUCGGCGUAAAUGUUGUUUGCUUGUUCAGUGACCUUGUGUAAUUUGGAUUUAUGCGUUCUUUAUUAAAUGUUCAUUAUGAAUUUGGCAACAACAAUCAUUUCGAAAGUCUGCUUGGUCUGCUGGCUGAGAUGAUGAUGAUCGUGAAAAUGUGCGUCGUCUGCGUUGGCUAAUAUUUUGCUGCACGUCAUAAAGUAAGGAAAAAGUUGAAGCUGGAAGUACGAUGAGAGAGCGUUAAAUUCAUCGUGACGAUCAUUACUGAAUAUUACUGGGAAUUUUUUAGCAUAAGGUUAUGCAUUUUCCUUAUGUACGCAGUACGUUCUUCGUUAUUUUUUAUGAUUGUUUGUUGUUACUGAACGUUGGAUGCGAUGGAAAACGUUAAACGUCAGGAAUGUGACAGCAUUUGUGACAAAUGCUCUAGGACUGAAUCUAGGCAAAAUGAUGUGCAUCUGCAUCAGGAAAUACAAAAUCUUCGACAGUGCAUAGCUGAGAAAGAUUACCAUAUCAUGACCAUGGAGACUCAGUUUUUGCACGAAGCUCAGAAGCAUCCAAAUGGGGAGGUUGCCUCAUUAAAAGAAGAUUUGCACAUGUGGCAAGAUAAAUACACAAGACUUAACGAGGCCUAUAUGCGUGUACAAAAAGUCAAUCAGAAUCUUGAAGAUAAGCUUUUGAAAAUUGUUGAUAAAUGUGAGACUGAAAAAAAUGCGUUUACAAAAGAUGUGGCUACCUUGACACACCGGCUAAAUGAAGCCAAAGAAACAAUUCACAGAUUAUUUCAAGACAAUGAAAAAUAUAGGGCAGAUGUGAAUUUUGCUAUUGGAUUAUUAAAAUGUAAUACUUCUAACUAUGCUGGUCAAAAAUAUGAAUCUUUACCACCAGCAGUCCAAGCCAAAGUAAGGUCGUACAAUUCUCCAAGCAGUCUUGGAGACACCGGUAGUCGCGAAUCAGUUCGGCGCAUCACCGUUCCCAUAUCGACGUUUCCUCCCACAGCCAUGGUUUACAACAUCGCCAAGCCUCCAUCGGUCGAGAAACAAGACGAUUACAUCGUCGACGAGCCGAAACCAGUCAUAGACGAAGUGCCAAUACCUAUUUUAGCCGUGUACUUGGAGGACCGAGAGAAAGAGAGAAGGCACUGCAUCACGUGCAAAUGUCAGAAGAGCGUCCUGCUGGCCGACGCCGAGACCCAGACGCAGUCGGAGUAUCUCGAAUCCUCGAGUUUCGCUGGCAAGGAUACACCGAAUAGUAACAAUAAAUUGUCUCGCGCGGAGAUGAAAAAAAUGACGGCCUUCAGGGACGCGACUAGCGAGCUGGAUACCGAGCUGAAUGGCAAAAGACUGUUGAAUAAUCAGACGAGCGACGGUCGAUCGACGCCGAGUAAUUUCGACAACGCCAAAAACGCCUUGUUGAGCUUGAAAAGCUCGACGAGUCAGCAGCAGCAUCGGCGAAACGGUAGCAUGGAGAAGACUCACAGACAGAAGAAGAGUCUUCGCGAAGAUGCCGUGAGCAAUGAGAAAAAAGUCCCAAGCAAAGGGAUGGUUCUGGACGAUAAGGCAAAGAUCGAGCUGAUUAACGACAGAUUGUGGAAGAGCAGUUGGCAGCAGCAACAGCAAAAAUACCAAGCUAAAGAGAGCAACAACGAGGCGCGAUUCGAAGUGAUCAACGAGCGUGAUUGGCGAAAUAGUCGAAGCUUCAACGUUUCGGCUUCCGACGACACCGCGAGUCUCAGCGCGACGAGUCCCUGUCUCAGCGGCGACAGCGGCAUUCUGGACCCGUCGAGUCUGUCGAGUAGUGAACAGCAGCUUCAACAACAGCAAUCAUUUAAGCAGCCGCAGCCACAGCCACUGGUCAAGAAAGACUCUAUGCUCGAGCUGCAUCAAGCCAGCAGUGGCUGGAGCCCGAGCGGUGCCGGAAAGCCUAGUACGGUGCAGGUGCACUUGGCCAAAGCCCAAAACAACGUAGCCGCAGCAGCCGUGGCGGGUAUCAAGCCGACGUCGAUCGUCGAGGACUCUUCGCAGCAUCUGCAGAGGGUCACCCAGUGGCUGAACGAGUCGACGCAGCAGCGCGACUGUCCGGCGGUGGUCGUGCCGAUCCUCAACCUCAACGAUGCCGCUGCGACCAAUUGCCCGAAGGUCAAUAAUAACAAGAGUUGCCUCCACGAGCGCGGCGUCAAACAGUUGGACGAUUUUUAUCCGAAAUUAUCGGCUGGUCUUCCGAGCGUAAUGUCCAACAACGACGCCGCCACGGUCGAUGCGACACCCGAACUCUUGACCAUCGAGCAGUAUCGCCAAAUGCAAAAACGUCGGGUAUAGCUGAUCAAGACCAAGGGUCGGAUCGGACUCGCGUCGCUGGAAAAGGAAAUGAACGGUUGAGAGGAAGUUUCGCACAUUUAUUAUACAGUAAGACGAGCAGAAGCUUGGCGAGAGCUUCGCCAAUGAUUAUAUUGGCGAAUGUGGGGCGAUGUGUGGUUACCAAGCAAUUUUUCACGAUGUCGAUUUUCCAUCGUCUAAAUAGAGAAUUAUCGCUAUAUUUUUGCCGCUACUUAGAAGGCCGAAGGAUAUUUUUUUAAAAGUACGCCAAGACGCGAAUGUGUACGAUAUUAUGAUUGAUGCGAUUGUGUAAGCUGAUUAUCGUACGUGUAUGAGUGAGUAUAUAUAUAUGCUGGUGCUGUGCUAAUGAUAAUACGUCGCUGUAUUUGUAAAUAUAUAUUAAAGAACUGCGGCAGGAGAAACGAUGCGAAUCGCAGUAUCGAACAGUUGCCAAUUGUUGUUUAAAUAACUUCUUCACGCUCGAAAUACCUCGUGCGCAAUCCAGUAUGGUUUUUUUUUAUUCUUCUUGCGAUCGUUGAAGUAAACUUCAAGCGCGCGCUACGUUAAAUUUUAAGUCAGAUAAGACAAGCGAAAGGAUUACAUAUUAUAUACAGUUCCUAAAACGAUGCGUCGACCAUUUGAAAAAAAA